AUGAUUUGUGGCCUUGCUGCUGAUUCUUGGAGAGAUUAUCGGCUGAUUGCAGCCUCAUUUGGUGUAGAUGUAACUGUCCUAACUGAUUUCAGCUACGACGAAAUCAUUCAAAUUAUCACACCCUUGGAAGAAUGUGGUUCUGGAUCAUUUGCAUCUGUCUACAAAGGAAAUUGGGAUGCAAAAGAGGUUGCUGUAAAAAAAUACGAAGCUGAACAUGCAGAUCUGGCUGAGACCGAGAGACAAGCAUAUUCUGAUCUGGGAUGCUAUUCGAACAUUGUAGAACCAUUAGGAUUCUGCUGGAGCACUCAUUUUUACAUAGUGAUGAAUUAUGUCCCAUAUACGUUGCAGCAAGUAAUUGAAGUUUCGAAUUUCAAUUGGCAUGAAACUCUACACGUAUUGACUCAAGUUGCAUAUGCAAUCCGAGCAUUAGGAGAGGAAAAGUAUAUUUUUGCCGAUAUAAAGCCGGAUAAUCUCCUUAUAGCUAAGGAUUUUUCCGUUUUCUUGUGCGACUUUGGGUCGGCAAAGAAAACGGGAGAGUACCUACCGGCUGCCAACCAUUCCCAUGCUGCAGCUGAACUAUUUUCUUCCUCUACUGGAAACAAAGUAUCGAAUAAAGUUGAUAUAUACAGCUUCGGGGUCAUUUUAUUGCAAAUGGUCAUGGACUGCAGCAAGGCUGGAACUAUAGACUACAGCACAACAGCUUUGAAAAAGGUAAAAAUUAUCGAUAAGAAGUUAACUGGAAAAAAAAAACGAAAAGAAAAAAAUGCGUCGAACGAAGAAGGAAAAUCCUAUCACAUUGUUAUUACCGCGGCUCGUCAAAUGAGAGAGGAUAAACACGUCGUCAACAAGAAGUUCAUUGGAUGUGGAUGCAAUGACGAGGAUGCAUGGGAGGUUAGUGACUUGGCAGCUGCGUGCACAAGUGAUAAAGCAGAGAACCGUUCCGCCAUAGACGACGUAAUACGGAAGAUGGAGUCGCGGAAAAUGAAGGAAGCAGUACGGAAAUUGAAGAUAUCCGUUUUGGAUUGGAUUUACUGCUGA